AUGUACGUUAUAAAAAGAGAUGGUCGUAAAGAACCAGUCAAAUUCGAUAAAAUUACUGCACGUAUCUCACGUUUAUGUUAUGGUCUAGAUCCAGCUCGCAUCGACGCUGUUAAAGUCACUCAACGUAUUAUUUCCGGUGUUUAUGAAGGUGUCACUACUAUUGAAUUAGAUAAUUUGGCCGCUGAAACUUGUGCUUACAUGACCACUGUCCAUCCAGAUUAUGCCACUUUAGCCGCUAGAUUAGCAAUCUCUAAUUUACAUAAACAAACUACAAAACAAUUCUCCACUGUCAUUCAGAAUUUACAUGACUAUAUCAACCCUGCCACUGGUAAACAUGCCCCAAUGAUUUCAGAGGACGUCUACAGUAUCGUCAUGGAUAACAAAGAUGAACUUAACUCAUCCAUCGUUUACGACAGAGAUUUCCAAUUCAACUAUUUCGGUUUCAAAACUUUAGAACGUUCAUACCUUCUAAGGAUUAACGGUCAAGUCGCUGAACGUCCACAACACUUAAUAAUGAGAGUCGCUCUUGGUAUUCACGGUAGAGAUAUUAAAGCUGCCUUAGAAACUUACAACUUAAUGUCCCUAAGAUAUUUCAUUCAUGCCUCUCCAACUCUUUUCAACGCUGGUACUCCAAAACCUCAAAUGUCCUCUUGUUUCUUAGUCGCCAUGAAAGAUGAUUCCAUUGAAGGUAUCUACGACACUCUAAAGGAAUGUGCUUUAAUCUCAAAGACUGCAGGUGGUAUCGGUUUACAUAUUCAUAACAUUCGUUCCACUGGUUCUUAUAUCGCUGGUACUAAUGGUACUUCUAAUGGUUUGAUUCCUAUGGUCCGUGUUUUCAACAACACUGCUCGUUAUGUCGAUCAAGGUGGUAAUAAGAGACCCGGUGCAUUUGCCUUAUACUUGGAACCAUGGCAUGCGGAUAUAUUUGAUUUCAUUGAAAUUAGAAAGAAUCAUGGUAAGGAGGAAAUUCGUGCAAGAGAUUUAUUCCCAGCUUUAUGGAUUCCAGAUUUAUUCAUGAAACGUGUCGAACAAAAUGGUCAAUGGACUUUAUUCUCUCCAAGUUCUGCUCCUGGUUUGUCUGAUUGUUAUGGUGAAGAAUUCGAAGAAUUAUAUACUCGUUACGAAAGAGAAGGACGUGGUAAGACUAUUAAGGCUCAAAAAUUAUGGUAUUCUAUUCUUGAAGCUCAAACUGAAACUGGUACUCCAUUCAUCUUAUACAAGGAUGCUUGUAACGAAAAAUCUAAUCAAAAGAAUUUGGGUGUUAUUAAAUCUUCAAAUUUGUGUUGUGAAAUCGUCGAAUAUUCUGCUCCAGAUGAAACUGCUGUUUGUAAUUUAGCUUCGGUCGCUUUACCUGCUUUUAUUGAAACUUCUGAAGAUGGUAAGACUUCCACUUAUAACUUCAAGAAAUUACAUGAAAUUUCUAAAGUUAUUACUCGUAAUUUGAACAGGGUUAUUGACCGUAAUUAUUAUCCAGUUCCAGAAGCUAGAAACUCUAAUAUGAGACAUAGACCAAUUGCUCUUGGUGUUCAAGGUUUAGCUGAUACUUAUAUGCUUUUACGUAUGCCUUUCGAAUCUGAUGAAGCAAAGAUUCUAAACAAACAAAUCUUCGAAACUAUCUACCAUGCUUCUUUAGAAGCUUCAUGUGAAUUAGCUCAAAAGGAUGGCCCAUAUUUGAACUUCGAAGACUCUCCAUCUGCUAAAGGUAUCUUACAAAUGGAUAUGUGGAAUCAAAAACCAUUCGGUAUGUGGGAUUGGGAUACUUUAAGAAAUGAUAUUAGAAAAUACGGUUUAAGAAACUCCUUAACUAUGGCUCCAAUGCCAACUGCUUCUACUUCUCAAAUUUUGGGUUACAAUGAAUGUUUCGAACCUGUUACCUCCAACAUGUACUCUCGUCGUGUCUUAUCUGGUGAAUUCCAAGUCGUUAACCCAUAUUUGUUACGUGAUUUGGUCGAUUUAGGUAUUUGGGAUGAUGGUAUGAAACAACAUAUUAUUACUGAAAAUGGUUCUAUUCAAAACUUACCAAAUGUCCCAGAUGAAUUAAAGAAGCUAUACAAAACCAUUUGGGAAAUUUCUCAAAAGACUAUUAUUGACAUGGCUGCUGACCGUUCCAUUUACAUUGAUCAAUCUCAUUCUAUGAACUUGUUCUUACGUGCUCCAACAAUGGGUAAAUUAACAAGUAUGCAUUUCUAUGGUUGGAAGAAGGGUUUGAAGACCGGUAUGUACUACUUAAGAACUCAAGCUGCUUCUGCUGCUAUUCAAUUCACUAUUGAUCAAGCUAUUGCUGAUAAGGCCGCUAGUAAUAUUGCUGACGUAAGUAAUUUGAACCGUCCAUCAUAUAUUCCAACUGAUCCUACUUACACUCCAUCUGAUUUUGAUCCAGAAACUGCUCCAGCUGUUGAAUUUACUCCUGCUCCACGUACUGCUGACCCAGCUUUUGAACUUCCUACUGCUACAGUCACUGCUCCAGCUCCAGCUCCAGCUCCAGCAGCCCCUGUCGCUGCUCCAGUUGCAUCUACUCCUUCAAGAUCCAACUCUCCAACUCCAUCUAACGAUUCAUCUCUAGCAAGCAGUGUCGGUUCUCUUUCAAUUGGAGAAACACAACCAGUUGUAGCCAUUCCAGAAAGUAUACAGAAGAAAGACGUCGCUCCAAUUGCAGAUGAUGAAGAAACUGAAUUUGAUAUUUACAAUUCAAAGGUUGUUGCAUGUGCUAUUGAUAAUCCAGAAGCUUGUGAAAUGUGUUCUGGUUAA